ACAGAUUUAGCUCUUGUUGUGUAGACGUGUCAUUAGACUGCUGGAGGAGAACAUGUCUUGUCCCUAUAUAUAGGGAGUUAAUGCAUGUUGUGGGGAGUCUUUACUUCCCCUCAAGUCAACGAUAAAACAGCACUUCACGUUCAGAUUGUCACUUUCACCUGCCUUUGUCAGUCACAGCUGAAAUGAGCUGUCUGUAUGCGCGACACGACGCUUUAUUCCCAUUGGCUGUUUAGUGUUUAAGCGGAACGGUAUCGGAGUCCCAUUGGAGAGAAACGCAAACUCGGAAUUCCCGAAGUUGCGAAGUUCGCGAGACGGAUCGCUCGUGGUGAAAUUAAACGAUUGCAGACAGAAUAACGCGUGCGCAACUCGUCUGAGGCCGUUUUAAGCACGGUAAACGUUUUAUGUAACAGCAUCCGUGUAUAUAAUCUGGAACGAGUAGGUGCUGUGCAGAGCCACAAGAGGGCCAUGUCUGAUAACAGCACCGGCAGCACUGGGUCAUCCAGUAAUAGCUGGACUCUGCUCUCUCCGGAGGAGGCUGCUGCGGACCCUACUGCACCAGUGGAUGAUGGGACGGAGAGUAUUGGAGAUGCACCCAGUCUUUCUGAGGAAAUAGCAGGAAGCUCUUUGGAGGUGAGGUCACAUGACCCCGAAACGCCAAUGGUGGAGACUGUUUUGUCAGAGGAGGGUCACCAGGUCAGUGCAUCACCACCGAUUUGCCAGGAAACAUCUCCAGAUUUCUUUGAGGAAGUGGCAGCGUCUGGUCAUACCGAUGUUGAGCUUGAUCCUGAGAUCCAUGCUCCUGUCAUCCAUGACACAAUCGCCAGUUCUCCCCCUGACAGUGACCUUCUGGGUGCUGUUCCCUUCAGCAUCGCUACAGAAUCAGCCUUUCAGUUUUCAGAGCAGUCGGUCCUUGAUGAACCCACCGAAGAGGACGUUGCUGAUAUCUUCCCUGGCCAGCAUGUUCCAGUCCAAGAAAGCCCCGCCCCUGAACCAGAACCCAAAAUCACCUCCACUCCCGAACCAUUCAGAGAAAUGAGCUCUUCUCCAGAUGUCCCUGUGAGCCCCAUCCCUGAAAUCAGUGAUUCUUCUGCAGUCCCUGUGCUUGAUAUUCAUGCUGAUGUCCAUCCUGCACCUGAAACCCCGCCUCUGGCCCCGCCCUCCGAGACUGAUACAGGAUUUGGUUCCACAAAAGAAAGCCCCGCCCCUGACAGCCCUUACCCUGAAACCAUUGGUUCAGUUGAAACUGAGGAGGAGGCUACUUUUGAGAAAGAAGACAUAGAGCUGCCAGAGAAAUUCCCAGAUGUUAUCAGAGAGCCAGAAUCUCUUGGUGCUGAACUUCCAGCGGGCACCUCAGCAGAAGAUGAUGGUCUGAGGCUCCGACAUGUGCAACCUACCAUACUGCUGAAGCGAAGCUCAGACGAGGAGGAAGAGGAAGAGGAAGAGGAGGAAUUCAACCUGCCAGUGAGGAAAGAGGAGAAACGAGGUUUCUCUAUGAAUCAGCUGAUCGUGGGAGCUUUGGUCCUGCUCUGUGUUGGAUCAUUCUUUUUCUCAGGUUCUGUGGUUGACCUGUCUGAUGAUGAUUUUGAUGGUACAGAAUUAAGUGACCAGGAGCUUCUUGAUAAACUUGCUCAAGAGAAUAAACAAAUAAAUAUAUUCGAGGCUCAGAUUGAGUCACAGAAAGAAGAGUUGGACCGGGCUCUGAAAAUGGCGGCGGAUAUGCAUAGCACUGAGAAGGAAGCUCUGGAAAAUGAGAACACUAAAUUGAAAGAACAACUGUCUGAUCUGCCUGGUUUAAAAGAAGAACUACAGACGCUGAGAGCAAGAGUUGCUGAGCUCACAAAGCUUACCGUUCAAGAUCUUCCACAACAGCUCCCCGACUCUGGCCCGCCUUCCACUGGUGAGUCUAGUCCAGAAGGAACUGAGAAACACUGGGAUAAAAAAGACGAACUCAAGCGUCAGAAAACUCUUUUGGAGGAAAGCCGGAAGAGGCUGGAGGGAAUGAAGAAACAGGGCUGGAACAAGCAGGGUUUGAGGGAGAGCUUGAUGGAAAUACAGAAGAGACUCGAGAAACAGGUGGAUCAGCUGGGCAAGCGGGAAGAGUGGAAGAGGAAACACCAAGAGCACAAAGGAGAAAAGAAGGAAUGGGGCAGAAAGAAAGAACACGACAGUCGCUGGAAGAAGGACGAGGUGGAAAGGGGAAAGGAGUGGAAGCAUGGUAAGGACAAACAGAAAGACCAUCUCAAGAAGUACAAAGAAGAGUGGGACCACAAGAAGGAUGAGAGAAGGCAAGAGAGAGAAAGGAGACAAAAGGAAAGACCUUGGGAGGCCAAACCUUCCAAGCAUCAUCACCACCACCAUCAUCAUCAUCACCACCAUGAGCAGGUAGACUUCUGGAAACACCAAGAAGAGAAGCUAAGGAGGAACCGCCGUCCUGCCGAAGGCUGCCAUGGCAUAUCCAACUGCGCUGAUGCAGAGGGACUUGUUCCAGUAAAGCUUGUAGAGUUUCAGGACCUUCUUGAGGUCUACCUAAGCAAACUAGAUGGUGUUCCACAGGAAAGCAAGGGGUCUCUCAGCCGCCUCACUGCUCAGUUCUUCAGCGGCGGUGUUUUUGCCCACGACAGAAUGCUCUUCAGCGAGUUUGCCGAGGAUGUUGCAGAUAUCCUGGAAGAUCUGGCAGAUGGUUUAGAAGACAAACAGCAUGACAGUGAUUCCCUCGAAGAAGAGAUGGAGGAGUUUGAGAAAGAGGCUCUGCUACAGUUUACCGUCCCUUUGGCAUAAUUGGUGCUGCCUCCCACCACAGAAACUCGGUUGACUGGAUGGAGAAAAACACCAAGUGAAGGAAAGUAAAAAGAAACAAUCUUACUCAGGGGUGUCAAACUCAAUUCCCAGAGGGCCGCAGCCCUGCAGAGUUUAGCUCCAACCCUAA